AUGCGUAGCGCGGGGCUUUCGAGAGAAGGCCCGGCAGCUGUCGCCAAGGCGGCGAUGCACCAACAGGGGGCGGAGCUGUGUCAUGGGCGAUACGCUGUGGGCCGCGCUUCCAACGGCGCCUCGCCGGCCAACUCGCGGCGCAACUCGCUGGAUGCUUCCGCGUCGCUGUCAAAGGCGCCCAGCGACCUUUCGCCCUCGCUGAGUCUGAAAAGCCUCUCCCGGGUAUCGCGGACCUCCACUGCGCAGUCUGCUGGUGCAGCGAGGGCGUCCCUGUUCAACCUUGUCACCAAGUGCAGGUACGCACAAAAGCAUCUCUGCACGGAGCUGAGCGCCCUGCGGGGCGUCAGCUGUGAGGUGGACGCCCGCCUGGCGCAGCAGCUCAAGAGGCUGGCCCCCUACGAGGUGAGCCGAACGGAGAUGGAGUCGACUUUGCAGCUCUUGCAAGAGCAGACUACAAAGUGCAGGAUGGUCAAGGAACACAUGUCGUCCUUGGUUGAUGCCGCCAUGCAGGCUCUGGAAUGCGAUGAAUAUCUUCAGGAUCCCAAGCCUGCAACCGCGCCGCCCUAUGCCCUUCAGCUGCAAAGGCAGCUCGCAGCCAAGCUGCAGGAGAGCCGCGUCCUGUGCCGGGACUGCGCCCAGCUUGGCCUGGACUGCCUGCGGCGCACGGAGCUUCGUGAAGACCUCGCCAUGGGGCAGUAUUUCCCUGCAACUGCAGCGGCCGCAGCCACCAGUGCCGCAGUCGCCAUGGUGGAGAAGCUGCGCCUGGAGGAGCCCGAGCUUCCCAGCCGCCAAGACCCUUCUUGGCUGCCUCAGCAGGUGGGUGCGAAGCCAGGCUUUGGGCAAGGUUACUGGCCAGAUUGUACCAUCCAAGAGGAGGAGGAGGAUCGCCUGAGCCACCGGAGCCCGGCGGUGCUGUGCAGCUGA